GUGCAAUUGAAUUUAGCAUCCUUUUCGGGUAAGAAACUUUUCACCCCUAAGCUCAAAUUAUUCAAUCACAGCAAAUAAUGAAAGGACUGUGCGUGGUUUUAGUAAUUGCUGUUUUGGCAUGUGUACGAGCAGAGGACGAUGAAUUGAUACAAAGAAUCAAUGGUUGGGCUGACGAGUUUAUAGAAAAAGCCACCAACGACAGCGGUGGAUUCAUCGAUCCUCUUCCUUUGGAUAAUCUAGGAAAAAGUUUUGAACGAGAAGUUGGAUUCGUAAAAGUUAAAGGUGAAGCCAAACUUUACGACGGCAAAAUCUUCGGCCUUUCAUCCUUAAAAAGAGUAGGAGACGCUGUAGCUAUUGACCUCGAAGAUUUUUACAUCAUUUCAACCACCCUCACCUUCAAAAAGAUUCAUGCUACUUACAAAGGUACGGUAACAGUGAAUAACAUUGGUCCUCAAGUCACUCUGGAUGCUAAAGUUGGCCGAUCCAAGGUAUCGAUGUUCUUGACAGCUCCAGCAGAAGGAGGGAAAGCUGAGUUGAUGUCUUUUACUAUUCAUGAAAUGAAAGAUAUUCGUGUCAAUAUCAAAGGUUUAGGUCCCAUGGGAUGGUCGGCUAGUAUCAUUAGUACGUUGGUUCUGAACGCUAUGGAAAAACAGGUCGCAAAAGCAGCUUCAGUUGCAGUCUUUGAACAUUUCAGCAAAGAAAUUGACAAAGUACCAUUCCCCGGGCCUACUGAACAAUAAAAUUACUUAUGUUCUCUGUGAUUUGAAAGUACAGUAUAUGUAUAUUGAAAGACGCCGUUAUAAAUAAAAUCUGAUUUAGAUAAAAUAUCUAUAU